AUGACUUUCCAGUUGAAGCUGAGGGCGUGGGACGACAGGUCUAGAAGAGGGAAUGGCACCGGAGUUGAGCCCACGUCUCUUCCCACGUCUCCCACGAGAGGAACCAGCGAGGAACCAGCGAGGAACCAGCGAGGAGCCAGCGAGGAACCAGCGAGGAACCAGAGGAACCAGCGAGGAACCAGCGAGGAACCAGCGAGGAACCAGCGAGGAACCAGCGAGGAACCAGGGAGGAACCAGCGAGGAACCAGCGAGGAACCAGCGAGGAACCAGCGAGGAACCAGAGGAACCAGAGAGGAACCAACGAGGAACCAGAGACGAACCAGCGAGGAACCAACGAGGAACCAGAGAGGAACCAGAGAGGAACCAGAGAGGAACCAGAGAGGAACCAGAGAGGAACCAGCGAGGAACCAGAGAGGAACCAGCGAGGAACCAGAGAGGAACCAGCGGGGAACCAGAGAGGAACUAGCGAGGAACCAGAGAGGAACCAGCGAGGAACCAGCGAGGAACCAGCGAGGAACCAGCGAGGAACCAGGGAGGAACCAGCGAGGAACCAGCGAGGAACCAGGGAGGAACCAGCGAGGAACCAGCGAGGAACCAGCGAGGAACCAGAGGAACCAGAGAGGAACCAACGAGGAACCAGAGACGAACCAGCGAGGAACCAACGAGGAACCAGAGAGGAACCAGAGAGGAACCAGAGAGGAACCAGAGAGGAACCAGAGAGGAACCAGCGAGGAACCAGAGAGGAACCAGCGAGGAACCAGCGAGGAGCCAGCGAGGAACCAGCGAGGAACCAGCGAGGAACCAGAGGAACCAGAGAGGAACCAACGAGGAACCAGAGACGAACCAGCGAGGAACCAACGAGGAACCAGAGAGGAACCAGAGAGGAACCAGAGAGGAACCAGAGAGGAACCAGAGAGGAACCAGAGAGGAACCAGCGAGGAACCAGAGAGGAACCAGCGAGGAACCAGAGAGGAACCAGCGGGGAACCAGAGAGGAACUAGCGAGGAACCAGAGAGGAACCAGCGAGGAACCAGCGAGGAGCCAGCGAGGAGCCAGCGAGGAACCAGCGAGGAACCAGGGAGGAACCAGCGAGGAACCAGCGAGGAACCACCGAGGAACCAGCGAGGAACCAGGGAGGAACCAGCGAGGAACCAGCGAGGAACCAGCGAGGAACCAGCGAGGAACCAGCGAGGAACCAGAGCGAAACAAACGAGGAACCAGCGAGAAACCGGAGAGGAACCAGCGAGGAACCAACGAGGAACCAGAGAGGAACCAGUGAGGAACCAGAGAGGAACCAGAGAGGAACCAGCGAGGAACCAGCGAGGAAUCAACGAGGAACCAGAGAGGAACCAGCGAGGAACCAGAGAGGAACCAGCGAGGAACCAGAGAGGAACCAGCGAGGAACCAGAGAGGAACCAGCGAGGAACCAGCGAGGAACCAGAGAGGAACCAGAGAGGAACCAGAGAGGAACAAGCGAGGGACCAGAGAGGAACCAACGAGGAACCAAAGAGGAACCAACGAGGAACCAGAGAAGGAACCAGCGAGGAACCAGAGAGGAACCAGCGAGGAACCAGAGAGGAACCAGCGAGGAACCAGAGAGGAACCAGCGAGGAACCAACGAGGAACCAGCAAGGAACCAACGAGGAACCAGGCCGCCUGAGCAUGCACCUAGGGGGGUCCUGGGCCACUUUCCUGCCAGCCGACGCCUCUUGA